AUGUCUGACAACGAACACGAAACUGUAACUUUUGAAACAACUGAUGCUGGUGCCUCAAAGACAUUUCCUAUGCAAUGCUCUGCUUUGAGGAAGAAUGGUCAUGUAGUGAUUAAGGGUCGUCCUUGCAAGAUUGUUGAAAUGUCGACCUCCAAAACUGGUAAACAUGGUCAUGCCAAGGUUCACUUGGUGGGCAUUGAUAUUUUUACUGGCAAAAAGUAUGAAGAUCUCUCUCCUUCUACUCAUAACAUGGAUGUGCCUAAUGUGAUUCGCAACGAAUAUUCUCUUAUUAACAUUGAUGAUGGAUACCUCUCCUUGAUGCUUACAGAUGGAAGUACCAAAGAAGAUGUCAAGUUGCCUGAUACUGACUUGGGUGUAAAAAUGCAGGAGGAGUUUGAUGCCGGCUUGGACUUGCUGGUCACAGUGGUUUCCGCUAUGGGCGAAGAACAUGCUUUGACUUACAAAGAAGCUCCUAAAUAA